GGAAAAAUAAGUUGCUGCUUUAAGAGAGAGGGGAGAUAGAGGGAGAUCAAGCAGCUCAACUCUUGUUGUUCUUUUUUUUCUUUUUCCGUUUAACCUCCCCUCCUCUCAGUUGAACGGGCUCCUAAUUUGGGAUUUGUUUAAAAGCGGGACUGCGGCUCAGGAAGACUUUUCCUUGCUGGGGUAAAAGGGAACCCUGCUCCCUGUCUUUUUCUCUCUCUCUCUCCCUCUCCCACGCACGCAUACACACGUUCUCCCCCAAAAAUGUCUGAUUCCACUGUCAACGCUCACUUGGAAGGGAUCAUAUCAGACUUCGAAGCUCUGAAACGGUCGUUUGAGGUGGAGGACACGGAUACAACCACACACCCUUCACCUCUCUCUCGCCGAACCACCAACCCCCUCCGGUCUUCAACGUCCUCCACAACCAGCCAACGGAGCUACGACUUGAGUUCGCGCAACUCCGACUAUUCCUCCUCCUCCUCCAGAUCCACUGCAUCCGAGUCCUCAAACCUACGAUCCCCAAAGACCGGCAUGAGGCGCAUUGAGCUAUCAGGGCGAAACCCUGAUGCAGCUGCUUCCCGCCGGGCAGAGAUUUCCAUCGAGGUCUCCUCCAAACAGAUUGACAGCUCGCCCAGUGCCGGCAUUGCUCGCUUCGGCCUCAAGCGGCCAGAGGUGAGCCUGAGCAGUCGGAGCAAUGCCCUAGACGGCACCUCAAACUCCAUCUCCAGCAUUACAAACCGACGAGCGGAGCUCAGCAUGACUCGGGCUCAGGAGCCCCCUGCACCUCCCAGGAGGGCGGAUAGCCAGCUGUCGUCCACACCGGUCUCUAGGAUCCCUGAGCUAACCCAGAGAAGGGCAGAGCCCCCGUCUCCCAGCCUGAGCUUAGUUGACGGCGUCUCCAGAAGACCAGAGAUUCCCGUCUUCAGACAACCGGAGAACUCUGCGACAGGCAGCCCUGUAGAGAACAACAACCACCCACCACCUGCACCCGUCGCCCCACUGCCAACCCUGGCAGAGCCACGGGUGGAGAAGGUGCAGUCACCUGUCGCGGAGCAACCCACAACACGACCAACGGACAGACCAGAGGUGUUCCCCAGCAACAGCAGCAGUGCCAUGUCUGAGGCGGUGGUGCCUGACGCCAUGGUACCCCCAGCAGUGGGCAGUCUAUAUGGGGAGAAGGCCGGUGGAGCCAUGGUGGACUUCAGCUAUGUGGGGAUUGAUGCCAUUCUGGAGCAGAUGAGGAGAAAAGCCAUGAAGCAGGGCUUCGAGCUCAACAUCAUGGUUGUAGGGCAGAGCGGCCUUGGUAAGUCGACUCUGAUGAACACCUUGUUCAAAUCUAAAGUCAGCAGGAAGUCUGUACUGGGCACCGGCCAGGAGAAGAUCCCAAAAACUAUUGAAAUUAAGUCCAUCAGUCACGACAUCGAGGAGAAAGGAGUGAGAAUGAAGCUCACCGUCAUCGACACACCGGGAUUUGGAGACCAGAUUAACAAUGAGAACUGCUGGCAGCCCAUCAUGAAGUUUAUUAACGACCAGUAUGAAGCGUACCUGCAGGAGGAAAUCAACAUCAACAGGAAGAAAAGGAUUCCAGACUCCAGAAUCCACUGCUGCAUAUACUUCAUCCCCCCGACUGGUCACUGUCUGCGACCUCUCGACGUGGAGUUCAUGAGGCGUCUCAGCAAAGUGGUCAACAUCGUCCCGGUCAUUGCUAAGGCAGAUACUCUCACGCUGGAAGAGAGAGACUUCUUCAAAAAGAAGAUCAGGGAAGAGCUGCGAGCCAAUGGGAUUGAUGUUUACCCUCAGAAGGAAUUUGACGAGGACACAGAGGACAGAAUGAUUAAUGAAAAGAUCAGGGAGAUGAUCCCGUUUGCGGUCGUGGGCAGCGAUCAGGAGUACCAAGUGAACGGCAGAAGGUUGCUGGGGAGGAAGACCAAGUGGGGCACUAUUGAAGUUGAGAACAUCGCCCACUGUGAGUUUGCCUACUUGCGAGACCUUCUCAUCAGGACCCACAUGCAGAAUAUUAAAGACAUCACCAGCAGCAUCCACUAUGAAAUGUACCGCGUGAGGCGCCUCAAUGAGAACAACACUGCAGUGGCUCAUGCCAACGGCGUCCCUGAACAUCACCUGACCGCCCACGAGAUGUAGGCGCCGCCUGCCCUCCACUGCACAGAGUAACGCACCAGAUGCGAGGCUCUGAUCUUCCCUCCACCCAGCCCUGAUCUCACAGGUGGGGUAGAAACUCUAAAGCCUGACAAGAGGGACUUUAUCGUCUGCAGCUUAAAGGACUCUAUCAGUUUA